AUCAUUCAAUCCAACACUCUAAUUAGUCCUCUCUCUUCUCCGACCAUGACCCAAAAAUAUGGCACGCAUUUGAAAUUUUUUGUUCACAUUCUUUUGUCCAAAAAGCAAGAAAACCAGAGUCACCAUAGCCACAACUCUGCAGCAAUCUGGUCCUCAUUCCCAAUUCUCAUAUCUUAGCCCUUAGAACAAUGAUAUUGAGGCAACUGAGCAUUGCAAUUACAAUUUCUAAUUCAUUUGUUUCAUUCAUAUUGCUUUGUCACAUACUCACACAAUCACAAUCAUGCUUUGCAACAGACAAUUUAACUCAAUCCAAAAGCAUUUCAGUAUCAGAAACUCUUACUUCUGCUAGCCAAAUCUUCGAGUUGGGCUUCUUUAAUUCCAAUUCUACUGCCAAGAAAUAUGUUGGGAUAUGGUACAAGAAAAUUCCUAUACGAAAAGUUGUAUGGGUAGCAAAUAGAGAAAACCCACUUUCAGUUACAGACUCGGGCUCAAGUCUAACAAUUGGCGAUGAUGGAAACCUCAGGCUUUUGGAUGGAAAUCAAAACACUGUUUGGACAACCAACAUAACUGUGUAUGUGAAUUAUUCGGUUGCAGUGCUUUUAUACACGGGUAAUUUAGUACGCAGGGAUGGUGUGUCGGGUGAGUCGUUGUGGGAGGAUUUGAGUCAUCCUUGUGACACUUCAUUACCCGGGAUGAGGCUAGGACUGAAUACCAGACUGCUUGGAAAACAGAAGACGAUCCAUCGCCUGGAAAUUUUGUUUCUGGGAUUUCACCAUAGAAGCCACCGCAAGAGUUCAUUUGGAACAAUUCAAUUCCUUUCUGGAGAAGUGGGCAGUGGAAUGGACUCAAGCUUGUUGGGAAACCGGAAACACGUGGCAGUUAUCUAAAUGGGUUUACUCUUGUUCCAGACCUCCAACAAGAUAAUCGCUUUUUCACAUUCACUUUAUUCAACAGCUAUUCAGAUUUUGACAGUUACAUCAAGUGGAGCUUUGAGGUUGGUUGAGUGGGAUGAGGGCACGCAGGAGUGGAACACUCGUUGGAAUACUCUAGACAGUCUGUGAUACAUAUGGAACAUGUGGACCUUUUGGGGUUUGUAAUAGAAAUAAGUCGCCGAUAUGUAAGUGCUUGAAAGGGUUUGUGCCAAAAUCAAACGAAGAAUGGGGGAAAGGAAAUUGGACAAGCAGGUGUGUGAGACGAACAGAAUUACUUUGUGACAAGAACACAAGUAACUCAUCCUAGGGUAGUGGAAAGAUUGAUGGGUUUUGGAAGUUGAGAGGGAUGAAAUUGCCCUACCUUUCUACUUAUGUGCCUCUUGAUGAUACAAAUGAAUGCAAAUUUUGGUGCUUAAAUAAUUGCUCUUGUUUGGCUUAUGCAUAUGUAAAUGGAAUUGGUUGUACAACAUGGACAAGAAAUCUUUUGGAUGUUCAGGAGUUUUCGCUUGGAGGAGAGGAUCUUUUCCUCUGCCUAGCGAAUUCAGAACUAGGUGA